AUGAUAAGAAGGACUAUAACGAAGAAAAAUACACUUAGGCUGUUCCAAAGGUAUCUUCAGACUGCUCCUAUUCCAACUUUCCAAACUUCUGUAUUAAGAAAUGGUUUAACUGUGGCAAGUGAAGUUAUGCCAGGAACUAGAACUGCAACAGUUGGUGUUUGGAUUAAUGCUGGUUCAAGAGCUGAUAAUCCUAAGAAUAGUGGUACUGCUCAUUUCUUAGAACAUUUAGCAUUCAAAGGUACCAAUAGAAGAAGUCAAGCUAAUUUAGAAUUAGAAAUUGAAAAUUUAGGAUCUCAAAUCAAUGCUUAUACUUCUAGAGAAAACACAGUUUAUUAUACUAAAUGUCUUUCCAAGGAUAUUGAUCAAAAUGUGGAUAUCUUAAGUGAUCUUUUAACCAAGUCAAAGUUGGAAGAAAGAGCCAUAGAGAAUGAAAGACAUGUUAUCUUACAAGAAAGUGAUGAAGUUGAUAAAAUGUUUGAUGAAGUGGUAUUUGACCACUUACAUGCUGUUGCUUAUAGAAACCAAGAUCUUGGUAGAACUAUCUUAGGCCCAAGAGAAUUAAUUAAAACUAUUGAUCGUAAUGAUUUAGUCAACUAUAUCACUACCAAUUAUAAAGGUGAUAGAAUGGCUUUAAUAGGAGUUGGAUGUGUUGAUCAUAAUGAGUUAGUGGAAAAGGCAGAAAAAUAUUUCGGUAACAUUAAACAAUCAGAAGUACCAUUCAAACAAAAUGGUGAAGAUUUACCUAUCUUUUAUGGUGAUGAAAUUAGAAUUCAAGAUGAUUCAUUACCAACUACUCAUUGUGCCUUAGCUGUUGAAGGUGUAAGUUGGUCUGCCCCAGAUUUCUUUACUGCAUCAGUUGCAAAUGGUAUUGUCGGUACUUGGGAUAGAUCUGUUGGUAUUGGUUCCAACUCUCCAUCUCCUCUUGCUGUCACUGCUGCCUUAGGUGGUCCAAAUAAUACCCCUGUGGCCAAUAAUUAUAUGGCUUACACUACUUCUUAUGCUGAUACUGGAUUAAUGGGUGUUUACUUUUCAGCUGAUAAAGAUGCUGAUUUAAAAUUAUUUGUUGAUGCUGUUUUCCAAGAAUGGGCAAGAUUAAAAUCAGGUAAAAUAACUGAUGAAGAGGUAGAAAGAUCAAAAGCUCAAUUAAAAGCUUCUUUAGUGUUAGCAUUAGAUGAUUCAACUGCUAUUGCUGAAGAUAUCGGUAGACAAUUAGUCAAUACUGGAUUCAGAUUAUCACCAGAAGAAGUUUUCGAAAGAGUCGAAUCAAUCACCAAACAAGAUGUGGUUGACUGGGCUAAUUACAGAUUAAAAGAUAAACCAAUUGCAGUUUCUGCCAUUGGUAACGUUAAAAAUUUACCAUCUCAUGAAUACCUUACAAAGGGAAUGUCCUUAUAA